AAAAUAUUUUCGAACAUCAUUGGUUUAUAUAUAAGUCCAUUAAUCUUUCUUAAAUAUUUAAUAUACUUAUAAGCUGCGAUUCAAUUCAGAACAAUUCCAAGUUCAAUAUGCGAGUGUUAGGAAAGAUACACCGGAGUCUGACUCAAGGGUCGCUUCAGAAUAGAGACUUACCGGAUAAUACACGUCAUUUAAAUGGAAAUAGGGUUAAUUCCAAUCGAAAAACAUGUACAUGUUUUGGAUCUUUUACAGUGUGUUUGAAAAAGAAAAAGAAUUUUCUUAAAAUUAAGAAACCGGACCAGAAGUCAGAUAUUCUCAUCCAACAUAACAGUGCAGAUAGGCUUGAGGGUGAUGAAUUUGGAGCACAUUUAUGCACCUUCAAAGACAAGUUGAAGGAUGGAUCAAUAUAUAACAGGCAUUUCCUGGUUGACAUUGAGACUGGUGGAACUGUUUAUCAAAUGAAAAUCGACAACAAUGACGAGAUUGUACUUUUGAACGAGGAGUUCGUGCCAGAAUUGACACAUAAUGAAGUUCUAGCACUUUUUCGAGGUGUGAAAGUGGACGGAAUUAGCAGAUUUACACUGGUUUUACGGAGAGUUCGUACCAAAAAGUGGGAAUGGAUAGAAACUAGCGCUAUUCUUGCACCAGACAGACACACUGAUGACCACCCAUUUGUUGAACGUGUUGAAUUCAAAGAGUUAAGAGGCGAAAAAAUUGAAGUGCCAAAAAGCAAACAUCUGUACAAGGUUCCGGGAACGCAACAGUAUUUAGAUAUAUGUGAUGGAAAAGUAUCCAUCGAUACAUUGAAACACGACGACAGCAAUAGAACAAAGAUAAUAACGAAGAGAGCAAAGUACUGGCAGGACGGUGGUGACCAAAUACAUAUAAACUUUGCAGCCGCUCUUAGUGAUGAAGAAAUGAAAUGGUACAUUGGCUUCGAUCGAGACAAAAUCGUUUUAAAACGCGAGCCAGUUUGGUUCAAGAUGAUAAAGGUGGGAAGUAAAUUUCGUUUCAAGUUCAACAAAAAAUAUCUCGGGUAUGACUUGGAGAAUGGUGAAGUGAAGCCAGAAGUCUCCCAGUGUGUUUUUGCAGAACUUCCUGCUUCAGCUACGAACAUUGAAGUUCCACCUAGUCAUUCAGAAGAAUAUAUUCCCGAGAAUAUUGAGAGAAUGUCAGAAGCGCCAUCGGAGAAUUUUCGCCAUAGUAGUUUUGCGUCAUCAUUAAGUUGCAUUCAUUUAGACAACAGAAGCGUUGCAUUAUCACAGACCAGUGUAGAUUCAGACAAUAGUAGCAUUCUGUCAUCUCGAGUCAGUACGAAUUCAGGUGGAGUUUUUGCUGAAUUUCAUAGAAGUUUCAGUGGAACCGAUAGUUGUGGUGAACAAUUUUUAUUGUCUCAAAAAUCUGCAACUAGCGGCUACAGGUCCGACAAUUAUACUGAGGAAGAUAUAACUGUGCGCAAACCAACAGAAAUAUGGCUUAGUGAACCCGAAAAAAAGCCGAAAGAUAUGAUAACGGUGACACCGCCACAAAUUGAUACAUGAUGUUUGAAAGUGUGUUGAAUAUACAAAUUGUUGUACAUACUUAAUAAAUUAUUGAUAUUUAA